GCUUUUUGUCCCCGCCUUGGAAGCAGCUCCCAGUUUAAUAAAUGCUUCCCCCUCCUGCUGGUUUUUGUUCCACCUACGGAUUCGAAGUUCACUCCAGCUAAAUCAUCUCUCUUCCUGCAUAGCUUCCAUUUUUCGUCUUUUUCUUCAAGGAAAAAUAAAUAUGACUUUGGCAAUCAUCUUGUUGUGAGUGUCUGACAUUCAGUUUCAGUAGCAGCAAAUUUCAGUUUAAAUUUGGUGGGAAGGUAUGUAGUGGGUGGAGAUUUGAUGCAGGAGGAGGAGGAGGAGGAGGCUGUGGAGGGGGAAGAAAUUUUUGUUCUGGCGUGCUGUGCGUGAAGUGAGAGGAGUGAGUUUUUCUUAAAGCGAUUGAGAGUGAGAGGGGGAGGAGGAAGUGGGCAGUUAGAUUCGGUGGGCAGAUUGGCGUCAGUGGCUGAUGAAGCUGCGCCAUGCUAUGGUGUGCGCCAGCAACCAGAACCGCAGCAUGGAGGCGCAUGCUCUGCUGCAGAGGCAGGGGCUGGAUGUGAGCUCCUACGGAACUGGGUCUCACGUGAAAUUGCCCGGUCCUUCGGCGAGAGAGCCGAAUGUGUAUUCGUUUGGCACACCGUAUCGAACUAUGCUUGAAGAUUUGAUAAAGAAAGACCCUGAAUUAUACAAGCGAAAUGGUUUACUGCAAAUGUUAAAACGUAACUUAGGCGUGAAAGAGGCACCUCAGCGGUGGCAAGACAACGCAGCAGACGGCGCUUUUGAUGUGGUGUUCACAUUUGAAGAGAGAGUUUUUGACAUGGUGAUCGACGUUGCUGUUGCAUCUGUUCCAGAGGUACACACUGAUUGUGACGUAAUUUCCUAUUCCACUACAGACCUUGGGAAUAGAGAGACAAAUUUGCUGAAGUUAGCAUUGAUAAUCAAUAUGGACGUUAAAGACAAUCACGAAGAGGCUGCUAUUGGCGGCAAACUUGCUCUUGACUUUUGCCUAAGGCUAGAACAAGCAGAUGCUUGGGAGGACGAAAUUGAUGCCAUCAUCUCUCGGUUUGAAAAGCAUCACAGGAGAAGACUUAUUUACACAAUUCGCUUCUACUAAACUGAUUACAUGAAACAUCCGGGAGCUUGCAACCCUUGCUACAUCUUUUGGAAGUAUGAGUCUUUAGCUGACUACCGCAACCACAUCCGUCCCUCUUCAGCUGUGGAGAUCAAUCCUCUCUAAAAAGAGAUCACUUCCACGGCUGGAUUACUUUACCCUAGAGAAAUAAUUAUAGUGAAACUGUCUCAUAUGAAGUUAGUCCUGUGGAUGGAUAUGGAAUAAAAAAGGUACGCUAAACACAAAACGAUCAAACCAGGAACCUUUUGUUCGUCAUUGUUCAGCCGUCUCCUUGAGGUGUCAAUUUGUACGUCGAUGACAGGGCGGAUUCUCUUCUGCAACAGAAAGGCUGGCUUUUCAGCCACAAGGUCUUAACCAUUGCUAGAAUCUUAUGUGACACGUAGCAAGAGACUGUUGAAAUCACGUUCUCUACUUAGACAUGUUGCUGCAGUUAUCAUGACAAUGAACACUAACAUGGACACCAACGUCAGCGUCGACGAUGGUAAACAGAACCUCUUGACACCAGUGCAACACUGAUCUUAACCCAAAUGCUUUAAAACCUUCUAGUUCACAACCCUGUAGUUUUUUGUCAAUUGUGUAGUGUUUUUUAAUGUUCAGCUGGACCUGUUUGUACACAGAACUUCUUAGCUUGAGAUGGGCUUGUGAGGUGAUUGGAAGCCUGCAGAGUAGACUUCACCUUGCAGAUGAAGCAGACUUCCUAUCAGAGUUGAAAGUAAUUCAUUGCUCCGGACCAGAGAAUCAACAUGCUUAUAUGUGAUGCUUGUGAACUUGAUCCUUGUCUCACAGAUAUGAUAUGUUGGUAGUUUGUGCCGAACAUCAUUGAAGUUUGAUCAAAGGGACUCGAAGCAUAAUCGAAGGUGACGUGGGUUGGUCAAAUCACAAGGUUUUAUUCCUCAACUGGUGCAGGAGAAUAACUUCGGCAUGAAAACUGAUAUAUAUAUAUAUAUAUAUAUAUACGUACAUAUUCGAAAACAUGUAUAAUAUGAUUAAAUUCUACAGUA